AGUACGCUUCUACGCAGUUUGGGGCGGCGUCGUAACGCCUCGGGGAAGGGGAAGCGGACGGGGACCUGGAAUCGCUGCAUCUGACUUUCUGCUGUACUACUAGCAGGAUUUGGUCACUGGUUCUUCACCUUUUGUCUGUUGCACGCAUCCCGCCUUCCCCAUUUGUUUUCCCACUCCUUGGAUCCAACCCAGUGGGCAUUCACGUCAGUCCUCUCACCCCGCCGUGGCCCCCUCUUGGUCCCUGGGAGGGCCUGGCACGGAGGCGGUAACUAUGGAGAAUAUGGCGGAGGAGGAGCUGCUGCCCCUGGAGAAGGAGGAGGUGGAGGUGGCCCAGGUCCAGGUCCCGACCCCGGCCCCGGACUCGGCUCGGGUCCCAGCUCCGGCCCCGGAUUCGGCUCUGGACUCGGCUCCGGCUCCGACUCCGGCCUCGGCUCCAGCCCCAGCCCCUGCCCUGGCCCAGGCUCCGGCCCUGUCCCCGUCCCUAGCCUCUGCCCCUGAGGAGGCUGAAAGCAAGAGACACUUCUCAAUUCAAAGGCAGCUUGCUGAUCUAGAGAAAUUAGCUUUUAUAACUGAAGGGGAUUUUAAAUCUGCCAGUUCAUCAAACUCAGAUAAUCUUGAUACAGGAAACAAGCAGAUGUGUCCUUUGUGCCCUAUGGAAAAAUUCAGAGCUUGUAAUAGCCAUAAGCUUCGUCGUCACCUUCAGAAUUUACACUGGAAAGUCUCAGUUGAAUUUGAAGGUUACAGGAUGUGCAUCUGUCACUUACCUUGUCGACCAGUGAAACCAAACAUUAUUGGAGAACAGAUAUCCAGUAAAAUGGGUGGACAUUAUCACUGUAUCAUUUGUUCAGCAACUAUCACCAGAAGGACUGAUAUGCUAGGACACGUUAGGCGCCAUGUGAAUAAAGGGGAGACUAAAUCCAGGUAUACUGUUGCUUCUACUGCUAAACCAUCUAAGGAAAUUUUGAAAGAGGCAGACACGGAUGUACAAGUUUGUCCCAACUAUUCUGUACCUCAGAAAACAGAUUCCUAUUUUAAUCCCAAAAUGAAACUAAAUCGGCAGCUAAUAUUCUGUACACUGGCUGCUUUGGCUGAGGAAAGAAAACCUUUGGAAUGUCUAGAUGCCUUUGGAGCCACUGGGAUAAUGGGAUUACAGUGGGCAAAACAUCUUGGAAAUGCAGUCAAAGUUACAAUCAAUGACUUGAAUGAAAACUCAGUGACAUUGAUUCAGGAAAACUGCCAUUUAAACAAAUUAAAAGUGGUGAUGGACAGUAGUAAAGAAAAGGAAAAGAAUGAUGAUAUUCUCAAAGAAGAAGAGGAAAACCUUGGUAACGUUAAGGUGACCAAAAUGGAUGCCAAUGUACUAAUGCAUCUGAGAUCUUUUGAUUUCAUACAUCUAGACCCUUUUGGAACAUCAGUGAAUUAUCUCGAUUCUGCAUUCAGAAAUAUAAGAAACCUUGGCAUAGUGUCAGUGACUUCUACAGAUAUCAGUUCUUUAUAUGCCAAGGCACAACAUGUUGCCCGGCGUCACUACGGGUGUAACAUAGUUCGAACGGAGUAUUACAAGGAACUAGCAGCCAGAAUUGUUGUAGCUGCAGUGGCAAGAGCUGCAGCACGAUGCAACAAAGGCAUAGAAGUACUAUUUGCCGUGGCUCUGGAACAUUUUGUGUUAGUAGUUGUCAGAGUUUUGAGGGGACCUACCUCAGCAGAUGAAACAGCCAAGAAGAUUCAGUACCUGAUCCAUUGUCAGUGGUGUGAAGAGAGAAUUUUUCAGAAGGAUGGUAAUAUGGUAGAAGAAAACCCAUAUAGACAGCUGCCCUGUAACUGUCAUGGAAGCAUGCCUGGAAAAACAGCAAUAGAACUUGGACCUCUGUGGUCAAGUUCCCUCUUCAACACUGGAUUCCUCAAAAGAAUGCUGUUUGAAUCUCUUCACCAUGGUUUGGAUGACAUUCAGACCCUAAUAAAGACAUUAAUCUUUGAAUCAGAGUGUACUCCUCAAAGUCAGUUUUCAGUUCAUGCACCUUCAAAUCUCAACAAGCAAGAAGAAAACGGUGUAUUUAUUAAAACUACAGAUGAUACCACAACAGAUAAUUACCUUGCACAAGGAAAGAGAAAAACUAAUGAAAUGAUCACAACUUUAGCCAAGAAGCAAAAGACUGAUGUCAGUACUGAACAUCCACCCUUUUAUUAUAACAUCCACAGACACAGUAUUAAAGGAAUGAAUAUGCCAAAGUUAAAGAAGUUUUUGUGCUAUCUAUCUCAAGCAGGUUUUCGUGUAAGCCGAACUCAUUUUGACCCAAUGGGUGUUCGUACAGAUGCACCUCUGAUGCAGUUUAAAUCUAUCCUUUUAAAGUACAGUACGCCCACCUACACUGGAGGUCAGUCAGAGGGCCAUGUCCAGUCAGCUCCUGAAGACACAGUGGCUGACAGGGUGGAAAUGUCAGUGAAUGACAAAGCAGAAGCAAGUGGCUGCAGAAGAUGGUAAAUGUGAAGAACAGUUUGUUCUCAGGUGUCUGUAUAGAUGGCCUAAUCAUUCUCUAUACCAACUGAAGUUCUUUUUCUAUUCUUUCCAUUCAGUGGUAUAAAAAUAAAAAACAGUAUUGUUUUCAUUCAGAAAAUUAGCAGUUUCUAACUUAGCUGGUUUGGGAGCUUUGCUUUUCAGGCUUUUCUUAUUUUAAAGAAAACUUUAAAUUUUAAUGGAACCAUAUUAUAUGAAGCCAAGUUUCUGAGAUCACCCUACUGUUUAAUAAUUUGGAAUUUUUUCACAUGUGAAGUGUUUGGAAUUUUAUGUACAUCAUGGAAGCUGUCUUUUGCUCUUCUUAAUCACAUCUCUACUUAAACUGGUUCAUGAUGUUUGUUUUUCUGUUUAUAGUGCACAAAAUGAAGGUAACGCCUAUGAAAAUCACUCAGAAUACUAAGGAGGAACAACGUUUUUCCAGGUCACUAUGUAUGGCACAAUUAGAAAGCUAAAAUAAUGUUCCUAUUUUUUAGAAAUCAUACUUUUCCCCACAUUGCUCUUUUAAUUUAUUACUGGCUUUUGAGAAACUAAAAACUUGCCUCAGAUAGAAAUACAUUGUUUUUUAAGUUGAAGGUCUUGAUGACUAAACUUUAAAAUUUUCUCAACAUAAAUCAAGACUGUUAUUCUAAUGCAAUAAUUGUUCACAAGCACUGACAUCCUAAAGAGGAAAGAUUUUGUUACAAAUUAAAUAGGUUGGGUGAUCACAGGUUCCUCCUCAGUUAAUGCACGUGUCAUAUUCAUUUGCUUGGUUGUACUACCUCUCAGAAGUAAAACUUGUCACCUUAUGAA